UAACUGAAUUGAGUGUGUCAGCAAGUUAGACGUUGUUAAUAAAAUAAUGCUUUAAAAAUAUUAUUAGUAGCCCAAAAAUAUAGUAAGUAAAUUUUCCAAUUAAUGGACGCACAUUAUCGAGUUAUCAUAAUCUUGCUGGGAUGUUCGAACCGAUACUGGAGUUCGGAACCGGAGAGAGGCUGCGCGGUUUGGAUUCUUCCCCGGAAAAAGUGAGACCUGAGCGGCCUGCAAGACUCCACUGCGCCUCUUUCAACCAGGACACAACGUCUCUGGUUGUGGGCGAUAGGAAUGGCUACAGGCUUUUCUCUCUGUCAGCUGUGGACAGAUUGGACUGCAUUCAUCAUGGACCCGAGAGCUCUGAUGUGUGUAUCGCCGAGCGGCUCUUCUCCAGCAGUCUGAUGGUGGUGGUCAGUAAAUCUACUCCGUUUACCAUGAAUAUUUACCACUUCAAGAAGGGCACAGAGAUCUGCAAUUACAGCUACUCCAGCAACAUCCUCGCCCUCAAACUCAACCGACAGAGACUCAUAGUUUGUUUGGAGGAGGCUUUGUACAUCCACAACAUCAAGGACAUGAAACUUCUCAAGUCAAUUCUCAACACGCCACCAAACCCCAAAGGUCUCUGUGCUCUGUCUGUCAGUCAUUCCAGUGCAUAUCUGGCAUAUCCGGGCAGCUUCACCGCUGGAGAAAUCACUCUCUAUGAUGCUCUCAAUCUGAGUCCGGUGAGAGUGAUUUCUGCUCACGCCAGUCACGUAGCCGCCGUCUCGUUCAGUGCUUCAGGAUCCAUCAUGGCCACCGCUUCAGAAAAAGGAACUGUGAUAAGAGUGUUCAGUGUUCCUGAUGGAGCCCGACUGUUUGAGUUUCGCAGAGGACUCAAGAGGUACGUGAGCAUCAGUUCUCUGUCGUUCAGCGCAGAUGAACAGUUUCUGUGUGUUUCCAGCAACACCGAGACGGUUCACGUCUUCAAACUGGAGCAUCACAAUUCCAGUCAGGAUUCUCCAUCCUGGUCUGUGUACAUGGGGAAGGUGUUUUCUGCCGCCAGCACGUACCUGCCGUCUCAGGUGUCAGAUAUGAUGCAUCAGGACCGAGCGUUCGCCACUGUUCACCUCAGCCAAUCGGGCGGCAGGAACAUCUCAGCUCUGUCCACGAUCCAGAAGACUCCUCGUCUGCUGGUGGCUUCAUUAGACGGUCAUCUCUACAUCUAUAAUGUGAAUCUGCAGGACGGAGGAGACUGUCGUUUAGUCAAGAAGCACAGACUGUUUGAAAGCGCAGAUGAAGCUCCGGUGGUGUCGGAUUUACACGUGGAAACUCCAUCAUAUGCAGAAACUGUUGCCACAAGCACAAACCAGGACUCUACAGCUUCUAGUUCACUCACAGGUUACUCUGAGGAUGGAGGAUUGAGGCCAGGAGAACUGAUCCCAGAUCAUGAGUUUGCGGACGGACCGCUGCGUCUGGAUGAUGAGCAGGAGUUUCCUCCGGUCAGCUUCAGGAACAGCUGAACUCAGAUCAGAAACGUGCACCGCUGUAUGCACAGGAGUGUGGUGAUGCUAAUAUAAACAGUGUUCUCAAGCCGAUCGCACAGUUGAUAUUAACUUUACAUUUUAAUUACAUUUUUAAUUUGAUGUUUAACAGAGCAAGGAAAUGUUUUUGUUUUUAAUUUGGAUGGAAUCAUUUUUUAUUAUUUUUUUUUAACACAAACACUGCUAAGGUCAAUAUUUUUAGCCCUUUUAAAACAUGUUUGGCUACAGAACAAACCACUGUUGUGCAAUGACUCACCUAAUUACCCUAGUUAAGCCUUUAAAUGGCACUUUAAGCUGAAUACUAGUCAAAUAUCUAGUCUAAUAGUAUGUGCUGUCAUCAUGGCAAAGAGAAAUCAGUUAUUGGAAAUGAGUUAUUAAAGCUAUUAUGAUAAGAAAUGGGUUAAAAUAAUCUUUAAAAUACUCACAGGAGUGUGAAUAAUAUUGUCUUCAACUCUAGAUGUGUUUAAAAUGCAUUUUCCAAUUCUAAAGUACAACUGUGAAAUCAUAUUUAGCCACAGACUAACAUGCUCAUAUUAAUAUUGGGAAGUGGAACAAUCAUUUUCACCUUGGUUGUGAAUGCAGAACUGUUAUGCAUUCACUGGAAAGCGUGGGAAACUUAUUUUUUGAUGCAUUUUGUUUGAAAUUUUUGUAUAUUUGUGUAAAAAAAGCUAUUUACCUACAGAAUAAGCAAGAACAUUUCUGAUUAAAGUUGAAUUAAAUCCACCAUCUAAACAUUUCAUUUUUGACUACUUUAAAAAACAUUAGAUUUGAGGAUUUAUGGUGAUGACUUUCACUUCUAGAAAUAAGCUAUUUUUUUAAUUAUUUGCAUGCAAUAAAUAGUAUGCAUUCAUGUCUUCCUUUAAUCUAUUUUGUCUGUUGUUGAUUUGAAUA